AUGGACGACCCAGAAGUACGGAGCAGAUUCCGAGAGACUGCCGAAGCAAUCAACAGGCUCUUGAACGACGACGUCAGGAACAUAGCCGGAUUCUUGGAUUAUGAUGAUUUGAACGACCUGAGCCGUGGCUUGGGGCGAAUACAGACGGUGCUGGGUGACGAGAUAGGCCUGCAGAUGCUCACCAACUGCCUCCUGCCUGCCCUGCGGACCUUGGCGUCUGCGGACCAUGACACGACGCGACUUCGAAACAACCUGAACGCAAUAUUUCCUCCAGUGCCGCCACCUCCGGGAGAAACCUUGAAUUUCCGUCGACGGUGCUACUCACUGCGGUGCGCCUCCCCUCUUACCGUGCUGUUGUGGUCGCUUGCGUUGGAGCUGGAUGAGUGGAGAGGCAUUCCCAGUCUCGGAUUUGAUUGCCUUUUGCGCAGGGCGGCAGAAUUGAAUUUCACUGGUAAUUUACCGGAUAUUGUCAUGAGGGUGGCGGCGCUGCAUAGAGGGAGAACAGACCAUGCCUCUACCGACUUCUUUGGAUUUGUCGAAGCGUGGGAGGCGGCGCAUGGGGGGGAACGGCGGCGAGUAGGUGGCGCCCGCGUGAGGUUUGCUGACGACGAUGAGUGGGAAACGUGGGGCGAAUUUAUGUAA